CACGAAAAUUGCGCCGCUUUAGGCACUUCAGAAAAGAUUUUGCUGAACCCCAAAACUGUCGUCAUUUCAAGGAGCCAUUACCAAUCGAAGGACGCCGAAGCAUUUAAAAGUUCUCCCAUCCUUCCAAACCCUUGGCAAUAUUUUCAACGCACCCAAACAUACAGCCAAUGAUACAAAUUUAAUGCAGUAGACAAACCCAAGAAACGACCAAACCAAACAGUCUUUCAUAUUCAUUUCAAGUCCGCAAAAAUAUUUUCACAGCAAAUAUAACAGCAGAACUUGGGUUAUAGAGCAGGGCAACAGUUUAAAUAUUCAGAUUUACGCUAUUUUGAGUUCUGCACUCUUCAAUCAUUCGCUCUCGCUAGUCUAUCGUGGUUGUUGAUUUUUUUUCGAGGCAAAAAUUUGGUGAAAUUGAGCUAUUUUGCUGAUCUUUUUAGAUAGUCGAAAGUACGAUGCAGGAGAACUAAGAAUUUUUUUUCUAUAGAAGAAAGUGGCAGUUUAUUUAUAUUGAAUCGUGUGGAGUAGAGAGUGGAGGGUUAUUUAAGGAUGGCUUUGCAGAAGAGUGGGGAAAGAGUAAUGGUGGAGUCGAUACAGUUCGUGUUGGCGUUUGUGUUCCUGAUGGCAGCGUGCGUUGAGCUGGGGGAUGCUGCUGCUGUGGUGGAUGUGUACAGAAUAAUACAAUAUGAUCUGGGAGGUAUUCCCUUCGGCUCUCGUCGUGCCGGUGUCAAUCAUCACGCUGGAUCGAUGCUGUUUGCUCCCGGGACGGAUCUCUCGCGUACCGUGGUCAUAAUGCCUCUUAGAGAACUCAACCUCACUUUUCUCAAUGACUAUCUGGUGAACAAGAACCUUCUAGGAGGUCUACUGCUGUUACUUCCUGGAAAACCUGCAGGCAUGAAAGGCAAAGAAAGUGAGAGAGAUGAUGCAGAAGAUCCAGAUGAGAAUGCAAAGAGCAGACUGGCUGAGCUGGAGCAAUGGCUGAUUCAUAACAAUUUACCUUAUCCUGUUUAUUUUGCAUUUGAAGAGGAGAAGCUGAAUGCCAUUUUAGCUGAUAUCAAACAGAAUGAUGCUGUUGGACAGGUUGCAACUGCAACAACUGGAGGAUACAAGCUUGUAUUGCCAACUCACGAACCUCGAAAGCUGGUAUCUCCCACACUAACAAACAUCCAGGGAUGGUUGCCAGGACUUCGAGGAGAUGGAGACUCAACUCAACUUCCAACUAUUGCUAUUGUGGCGUCAUACGAUACAUUUGGUGCAGCACCAGCUUUGUCUGUGGGCACUGACAGCAAUGGCAGUGGAACAGUAGCUAUAUUAGAACUGGCCAGAUUGUUUUCUCGUCUCUACGCAAAUCCAAAAACAAGAGGAAGAUAUAAUUUGUUGUUCGGAUUGACCUCUGGUGGACCUUAUAAUUACAAUGGGACAUUCAAGUGGCUGGGGAGUUUUGAUCAACGACUUAAGGAAAGCAUUGAUUAUGCUAUUUGCUUAAACAGUGUUGGAUCAUGGAAUAAUGAACUCUGGCUUCAUGUUUCCAAGCCUCCUGAAAAUGUUUACAUAAAACAAAUUUUUGAUGGUAUUUCUGAUGUUGCAGAGGAGUUAGGAAUUACUGUAGGUGUUAAGCACAAAAAAAUAAAUAUUUCAAAUCCACGUGUGGCAUGGGAGCAUGAACAGUUCUCAAGACACAGAGUUACGGCUGUCACUCUUUCAGAACUUUCCUCACCUCCAGAACUUUUGGAGCAUACAGGUGGCUUAUGUGAUGGAAGGGAGAAUGUGAAAGAUGAUGCUGUUAUUAAGAGCAUCAAGUUGAUUGCUGAAAGUCUUGCUAGGCAUAUUUAUGGUCAUGAUGGAAAGGAGAUUGACAUCUUUGCAGAUGGCAGUACUUUGGCUGUAAAUCCUUCCUAUGUGAAGCUUUGGUUGGAUCUACUUUCACGAACUCCUCGAGUUGCACCUUUCCUCACAAAGAAUGAUGCCAUAAUUAUUGCUUUGAAAAAGGAAUUGUCGGACCAUACCAUUGAUGUCACUUUGCAACAUGAAUCACUGGAUGGCAUGUUCACUUUCUAUGACAUCACACAGGCCAAACUUAGUAUAUAUCAGGUAGCCAGUGUAACCUUUGACCUAUUUGUUUUGCUGGCAGUGGCAUCAUAUUUGAGUGUUCUUUUCAUUUUCCUGGUUGUUACAACAAGGGGUUUGGAUGAUCUGAUCAGUAUUUUUCGUCGUCCUCCUUCACGCAAGCCAAAGGCAGCAUGAUAUUUCUUGUCCCUGCUCCUUUGUUUUUCAGCUGCAUAGGAGAUUGUUGUUAUUUUUCUGCAAGGUUUCAUAGGGGUAGAGAGCUCAGAUUAUGGAUCUUUGUUUUUCAUCAAAAAGCCAUCUUUUGUGCUGGCUUUUUCAUGUAUUUGUUGGUCCAUUUUUAACGGCACACAUUUGUUAGGGUUAUUUCUUGUCUGACCCUUCAGUUUAUAUUUGUGUUUUAAUAUAUUUAAUCCCUUUUUGGUAACCAUAACAUUUGCAGUUAAAAACUGUGAAUUACUUGGUAUGCUGUAUCAUUAAUGGGUUAAGAGUGUACCAUUUGUCGGAUGAAAUACAUUCAUAUUGAAAGAUUGAAGGAAAACCAAAUUUUGCUC